GGUGCGGAUCGUUAACGGAUUGAGUGUGUAAAUGUGAAACUUCUGGCUCUUGAAAAGCAACCGAUCAAAAUUCUAUAACACCUUUGGACGAUAUUUCGUUCAAAAUUCAAAGCCUAAACCCAAAAUGCUUUUCCUCACCGCCCGUGUCGAUCACACGGCCGAGCAGAUUUUCAAAAUUGAGCAACUCAGGCAGCUGGUGGAGAAGUGCGAGGAGCUACGAGUGGGCACCGAGGACACCCUGCUGACCAAGUUCCUGCACUACACGCGCUGGGACACCAUCAAGGCCUACCAGGCCAUACACGACUACUAUGAGUUCAAGCGACGCCAUCCCACCUGGGUGGCCCGCCAUCCCAUUGAGCACUAUCGCCAGCUCUUCUACGGCACCCACUGUCGCUAUGUUAUGCCCCAGGCGGAUCGCAGUGGACGGGUGCUGGUCAUCUUCAAGACGGUGGAUGGGUUCCAGGACUACCCCGACUAUCUGCAGAGUCUCGUCGAGAUGGACGACCUGAUCUUCGAGUCGCUGCUAUUGCUCCCGCGCGUCCAGCAGAAUGGGAUUACGGUCAUUUGUGAUCUCCAAGGGACAAACCGAAAUUUUCUGAGGCAAUUUUCGCCGUCGUUUAUGAAGGUGGUGAACGAAAAGAACGCAGUUCUGCCCUUCAGUCAGCGCAUCGUGCAUAUAAUACAACGCGGUUUCCUGAUGCACGUGACCUCCACUUUGUUUAUGCCCUUUAUGAACAAGGAGUUCAAGGAAAAGAUCUUUACGCACGAUGGGCGACAUCUGAGCAAACUGCGCGAAAUGGUUGGCUACGAAAGUUUGCCUGCGGAAUAUGGAGGUCCUGCGACAAAUGUCCUGGAUACGAACUUGAUAUUCAAUCAUCUGAGCCAAAAUGCGGAGUAUCUGGAAAAGCUGCAGACCUACGGAAAGGCAUAGGGAGAUAUAAGGAACUUUUGCUUACGAUUUUAUUAGUAUUUUGAACACGAACCAAAUAUAUUGACUAUUUAUAAUUAAA